AUGACGUCAUCAGAUCUUGACCGCUCUUCAGUCUCGCAUGACCGUUCUUCAGAUCGCACGAUCGUGCGUUUCCGGGUUCUUGUUGCACGGACUGCUGCACUGGAGCGUUCAAGUGGCCGAUCUCGUGGUUUUGGAUACGUAACCUUCGCAGAAGCUGAAGAUGCUAAGGCUGCACUUUCAGAUGAGCACUUCCUCGGGAACAGAGCAUUGGAAGUAAAAAUAGCAACACCAAAGAAAGAGAUGAGAUCACCUUCAAAGAAAAUUACCCGUAUACCAUUUCUUUUGUUUCUUGCAGCCAUUGGCGAGAUAUUGGAUUUGUACAUGCCCAAGGACCCAAGUACCAAGGGCCAUCGUAGAAUUGGUUUUAUAACCUUUGCAAAUGCUGAUUCUGUGGAUACUCUCAUGUUUGAAACCCAUGCACUUGGGGGUUCAGAUGUGGUGGUUGACAGAGCAACACCUAAGGGCGUGUGGGAGGAUUGGGAUGGAUGGGUGGCGGUCUAG